GUAGACUUUGACAGCAGGAAUUCUCCGUCCCGGAGUCAGUCGGUCGCCACCAGCUUCAGCUUCACACAGUCAAGCUCUGUCCUGCAGACAUCAUGGACUCUUCAUCAUCAUUAUCAUCAUCUUCAUCAUCAUCAUCUCCCGACUCUCAGCUGCUGUCCUAUUCAGCGUCUCCUCGUCCUCCUCGUCCUCCUCGUCUGUCUCUGAGGAGUCCAGAGCUGCAGGCUGAGUUCCUGAAAGAGUGCAGCAACAGGAUUCGUUCUCACAGCAACGCUGAAGCAUCCACUGGCUCCGCCCCCUUCAGCCCCGCCCCCUUCAGCCCCGCCCCCCUCUCCUCUUCGUCUUCAUCAGUGCGUCUGUCCCUGUCCAGCCCUGAGCUGCUGACGGAGCUCAGAGAGUCUCGCAGCCUGCGACCCGUCCGCACGCACCCAGGCCUGACCACUGUCUUCUGUGGACGAGGACGAGGAGGACAGGUCUCUGGCUCCGCCCCCUCCACACGAUCAGCCAAUCAGAAGCCGUCACACUGACCUCUCAGCAGCAUCACAUCACAAAAAAAAUAAUUAUCAUAAUAAGUGAAGAAAUAAAUGUCAAAAAUAAAAAACAUGGAACAACAAACAUUCAGCUUCACAUUCAUCAAAUCUAUAUUUGUAUAAAUAAUAAUAUACCAAUAAAAACUUUUUU